AAGUCAAAGUCUUCACAUUUCACUUGAACAAUAUUGUCUAAGUGGGUCCAUUACAUGAAAAAAAAAAAAAAAAAAAACUAUUUUCCCACUUACGCCAUCUCUCUCUGUGUUUCUCGGCAAUUAUUAAUAUUAUUAUUACAAAAUUCGCUAUGGAUUUUGUAUUCCAAUUGAAAUAAGUAAAAUAAUAUUUAGAAAAUCAAGGCUUAAAAGGAAGACCAACUCCAACAAGAACAAAGACUGCAAGCAAGCAAGCAGCUCCUGCUGCCAUUCUACUAAGGACAGGACUGUCUGGCUGAGUCUGCAAGAUUGGUGGUGUGCUGUUAAUGGGUUUAUCACUAUAGUUUUGAGAGGGAUAGAGAUAGAGAUACAUAGAGAAAGAAGAGUAAAGCUUUGCUUUGGUAUCUAUUCUCUCUCUCUUUUUUCUUUCUUUGACCUCUCUGGGUUCUCAUACUUAACAUCUUUCAAGCUUAGCAAUGGCUGAAUAUAUCUGUUUAUUUAACAAGGAUACAGUAAUCAUAAAGGCUCCUAAAAAAUCUCCCAUUUUGUUAAGGAUGAUAGUUUUAUUGAUUGCCAUGGUAUGUGGUGUUUAUAUCUGCUCAGUCUGUUUAAAGCAGAUAAGCACCAACAGCAAAAUUAAAAUUGAAGAUAUUCAAGUCAUCGAGAGGCCUUCUGAUAAUGAAUCCACACAAAUGCAAAUUCCUAUAGUGCAUUACCCUCAUCCUGAAACUUUUAACAGGUCUGAAUGUGUGCAUAAUCCUGUGAGAUACUUUGCAAUACUUUCGAUGCAAAGAUCGGGGAGUGGAUGGUUUGAGACCUUGUUAAAUAGUCAUGUCAAUGUAAGCUCAAAUGGAGAAAUAUUUUCUGUUCUGGAUAGAAGGAGAAAUUCUUCAUCAAUUAUAAAGACUCUAGAGAAAGUUUACAAUUUGGACUGGUUCACAAGUGCUUCUAAGAAUGAAUGCUCAGCAGCAGUUGGCUUCAAGUGGAUGCUUAAUCAGGGAUUAAUGGAACAUCAUGAGGCAAUAGUAGAAUACUUUAAUAGUAGGGGUGUAUCUGCAAUAUUUCUGUUCCGAAGAAAUCUGCUGCGCCGUAUGGUUUCUGUUCUUGCAAAUUCCUAUGAUCGGUAUGCUAAGCUAUUGAAUGGAACCCACAAGUCCCAUGUUCAUUCGACAGAAGAGGCUGAGACGCUUUCAAGAUACAAGCCUAUAAUCAAUUCCACAUUGUUGAUAUCUGAUUUAAAGGAGGUGGAGAUAACAGCUGCCAGGGCUUUAGAGUACUUCAAUAGCACUAGGCACAUCAUUUUGUACUACGAGGAUCUUAUAAAAAAUAACACUAAACUCAAGGACGUUCAAGAAUUUCUGGGGCUUCCACUGAUGGAAUUAACAAGUCGUCAGGUCAAAAUACAUAAAGGUCCAUUGUCGGACCAUAUUAAGAACUGGGAAGAUGUCAACAAGGCGCUAACUGGAACAGCAUAUGAGAGUUUUCUCGAAGCUGACUACUGAAAUUUGCAAUAUAACUAACUUGUUGAAUCGUGUGUGUGAAUAGAGUUUCAACUAAUUUGUCAGAGUGCUAUUGACGCUAUGAUCUUUAUCUUACGCUCGCAACACUAAGGGCACACAAGUUCGAGUCUCUUGAGCAGCAAUUCGAUGUAGAAAUCCUGAAGGAUGGGAUUCCCUCGAAUUUCUUCCAUGUAGAGCUCACUCUGGUCUGCCAGAACUAGGUAAUGGCCAAGCUGACAAGAUAGUGUUUGUCGAACAAAAAUUUUGACACUAGAGUCCUAAUAUGCAUGUUUUAGUUGUUUCCUCAACUCUUUGUUGUGCCCCAGCCUUGUUCGUUUGCAUGAUCAUCUUCUUGUUGAUCAUAUGCACACCAUGUAUAUGUCAGCUUUUUGUUCCACCCAAAUGUGAAAAAUUGUUUCAUUGCUUUA